AUAUAUAUACAUUUUUCUUAAAUUUUUUUAAACAUAUUGCUCACUAAAAUGACAGAACGUUUUGUCUUUGAAGAUGCACCACCUAAUGUGAUUGUCGCAAUGGGGCCAGAUCAUCGUUCAUCAACCGCAGCAAAGACUGAUAUACAACUAGAGAGCGGAGAACGGACUCGGUGGUCUUGUCACAAAGCUGUCUUAGCUAAACAUUCACCUUACUUUAGCUCUAUGUUUGAGAGUGAAUUCAGAGAGUCCAGAGCAACGAUUGUAUUCCUUCCCAGAGGUAUAUUUACUGUCUCAGCUCUUGAUGGUAUUCUUCAUUAUAUGUACACUGCCGAGCUGGUGGCAAACACGCCACCACUACUUGGAGAUAUCUACUCCGCUGCAGAUUACCUUGGAAUGCAAUUGCUCUGUAGUUUGGUGGCGGACCGGAUAAGGGCUCUUGGACAUCAAUUCAACUGUUAUUGCGAGUCUUGCCAGACAAAUGUACCUCAGAUCCUUGAGAUUUCGCGAGCGCAAGUCCAAUACCAAGAAGACGACCAGCAGAUGAUUCAAAUAGCCCAGGCUGCGAUUAAAGUCAUGACGCAUGACCCCGACAAAACCCUCCAGACAUUUUACACCAGUCCCGAACUAGCCGAUCAACUCAAGAACGCACCCGAGGUCCACGAUUAUUUCAACCAACAGAUCCUGGAACGAAUCAACAAGGGAAAUGCAAUCGAGUCUCUCUAUGGCUGCUUUGUAGGCCUCCAGGCACUUCAGAAAAACGAUCCAAAUGUUAGCUGGAGUCAGCCUCUUCACACGACUCUCCAGGCUGCUCACAGUAUUGUCACCCGCACAAUUGCCAGUCAUUUUUACUUUUAUUGUUCAGAAUAUCCGAGUCUGUUGUCCUGUGUUGACGGAAUCUCCUACACACCCGAAUUUUUGUCUUAUCUGCUCACAAAAACACUUUCUAACGAGAUGAAUGAAAACAACACGGCUGUCUUUUACACUGGUAUCGUUCGCCAGCUCAUGUGCCGACACGCUGUCCAACAUGGAGAACGUGUGAAGGAGAUCCUGCAGGUUGCCAAGGACACAAUUUUGGCUUUUAUGGCAUCUCAUGUUGACCAGUUGCGUACACACCAUAUACUUGAUCAGCUUGACAAAGGACUUCUUGAAACACUUGCACAAGAUCUCUCUGUGUUACCCAAGGUGCUUGUUCAUCCUGAACCUGAACCUCCAAAAAAUCACCAUUUCUUUGCUCGAUCGACACAACCCCCACCGCCGCCGCCUCCCCCUGUCCGCCGCAGAGUGAUAGCUGUCCAGGAAGUAGAGUCUAGUAAGAAACCGAUUGGAAAGGUCAGCUGGUUCUUGAAACAUGUGUUUGUCGUUCCGUUUUCAUCAAAGACCGCCAAGCAAGAAUCAAAACGUACGUUUGUUGAAAAGACAAAAGAAAUGGAGAAAAAAGAAGCCGCAUUUUCUGCACAAAACUCACUCCGGAGAGAGGACAUAUGUCAAUAAUAUAAGCUCAAAUCAACCAAGCACUGACAAUGGGUUUCUUGGCUAAAAAGCCUCAAUAUUUUCGAUUCUUACAGACUAAAAACAACAACAAACAAAAGGAUUGCUUUUUGAGCUCAUAUUGUUUUGGAAUUCCUCUCCAUUGUAAUCAUUUAACAAUUUAUAUUUUUCCAUUUAUAAUUACUUGUGUAUCCAGUCUUUUUAUCCUCAGUAAUAAACCCACAAAAAUACAC